AUGAAAUAAACAUGGAUGAAGAGUCAAGCCAUGGCAGAAAAAUGGACACUAAAAAUGGUGGUGGCGGAGAGAUAAAAUAUCGAGGCGUCCGAAGGCGGCCGUGGGGGAAAUUCGCGGCGGAGAUUCGCGACUCGGCUCGACAAGGGGCUCGGGUAUGGCUCGGGACAUAUAACACAGCUGAAGAUGCAGCAAGAGCUUAUGAUAGGGCAGCUUAUUCAAUGAGAGGUCAUUUAGCUAUACUUAAUUUUCCUCAGGAAUAUAAUUUACCUAGUAGCUCUUCACAUUUUUAUACUGGUUCUUCAUCAUCAAGGGAAGUUCUUGAAUUUGAAUGUUUGGAUGAUAAGUUGUUAGAGGAACUUCUUGAUUGUGAUGAGCAAAACAAGAGGAAAUAAAGAUGAUGACUUCAAAUGUUCUGGUCUAUCUCUUACUCUAUUUUCACGAUGAAAAUGUGAGCUUUUUAAUUUCCUAAAAUCACAUUAAUCUGUUCCUUGAGCCGAGGGUCUAUCGGAAACAGUCUCUCUAUCUGCACAAGAUAGAGAUAAGGUGUGCGUACAUACUAUUCUCCCCAGACUCUACUGUGGGAUUACACUGAAUUUUUUGUUGUUGUUGUUGUUGUUGUUGUUGUUGCCGCCUAAAAUCACAUUAUUCUUAAGAUGGGGUGGUUUGUUUUUUCUUUUGGGUUCCCUUUUUCUUUUUAUUAUUGUACCUUUUUUUUUAAUUUUCUUUUUUGGGGAUUUGGUUUUUGAAUGAAGCAAGCAACCUGCGGUUGCAAUGCUUGUAACGCUAUUGUACUAUCUGUACUUUGCAAUGCAAAUGAUGAAGGGUCAAGAAAAGUCUUUGUGAUCAUAAA